AUGUACGCUAUUAAACAACGGCAACAACGACAACAGCAGCAACAACAACAGCAGCUGCAAGGACAGAUAGUUGGGCCUCGAUGUGCGCCAAGUUAUUCGGUGGUAAAUGCGAUAAUAGAUAAGAAAGAGGAUGGAGCUGGGCCGAGGUGCGGCCAUACUUUGACAGCGGUUCUGGCGGUCGGGGAAGAAGGUAGUCCGGGUUAUAUUGGGCCUAGGUUGAUCCUUUUUGGUGGUGCUACUGCUCUUGAAGGAAAUUCUGCUGCCACCGGAACUCCGUCCUCCGCUGGAAGUGCUGGCAUCAAGGGAUCAACAAAUUCACAAGGAGUUGUUGUUGCGGUUACUCGCUUCCCAAUGGAGCAGAAACGACCAAUUGGUCCACUUGUGGUUGUGGGAGUUAAAGAUGGAGUACUCUGGCUAAUUGACAGGUAAAGUAUCUUAAAUGUAGUGCAGCUGUGAUAUCAUGCGUGGUAAAAAGAAGCUAAACUUAUGGGUGUUGUCCUUAAUCUGAUGCUUGUUACAAUGAUAAUGCAGAACAAAUAUACAUGUUAGUUAGCAAGUACUCCUAGGAUCUCUACAAAUUUUUAUAGAAUUUUUGCUUAAAUAAUGUUUUUCUGUGUGUGUGUGUGUGUGUGUGCAAUUUAGGUAGCAAAGGAUCAUGAGUUAGAUCAAGUUAAUCAAGAAUAAGAAGUAAAAUUCAUGGAGUUUAUGUCUGGUAUUCAAACUUUUUGUUUUUCGAUGAGUUUUUUUUUAGAUUAGUGUUAAUUUUGUUGAUUUUCACUCUUCUUUAAGGUUUUACUUGAUUGUUUGUGGAAAGAAGUGCUAGAUAUAAAUGCUAUUGCAUGUCUUGGAUCAAGGUGGUUAUUUCCUCAUAUUAUGUCAACUUUGAUUGUCAUUUCAGCUGCAGAGACUCUUAUAAAGUAUUUGACGACAGAAGAUAAGAGGUUGUGUGAUGAUAUUGAUGAAUUACGGAAAGAAGUUGUCUCGUCGAGGUAUAUAACUUUUCAAGAUUCAGUGUGCCUAAUUUUUCAAGCCUAUUGUAAUCACUGUUUGGUUUGGUUAUAGAACUGCUAAAGACCAACAAUAUGAUGAUUUUCAGCAACGUUUAAUGGAGGAAUGGUAUCUUCAGAUCAACCAAAAAUUGAUGUUCCAAUUGCAAAUGCACAAGUAUUUGAUUGGCUCUAUUCUUAAGGAAUGGUAUUGAAUUUUCUAAACUGAUUUCUCCAUGUGUGGACAUGCAGUCAGAGUGCUGUCAGAGUAACCUCGACAACUAAGGUGCGUGGGUCUAUGAAAUUACCCUACCAUUCAAGUUUAGAAACCAUUGUCAAUUUGCAGAGAUCCUAGGAGUACUUGCUAACUAACAUGUAUAGAUUUUUGGUAUAGUUUUUGCACUUUCCAGAUUUAUGUUCUUUUUUAUUUUGCAAUUAUUGAUCUUUUUUUUGGGUUGAAUUUGCAGAUUGAAUUGCGUUCAAGUUGAAGUUUUAUGUUGAAGAUUCACUGAAGGUUGAAUGUCGGUUGAAGAUGGAAUUUCUACAUAUUUUUUAUUUUUUUUAUUUCCUCUUCUGAAUGUUUGUAUCAAUUCGUCAAAAUUGUUAGUAAUAAGAUUAUACUUCUAGUUUCCUUUAUUAAUUUAUAAUGUUUUUUUUUUGUUGAUGUAAGAAUGUGCUUGUAACUGUUACUUUACUAAUAACACAAUGUUGACGCUUACAAGUGUCUAUAUAGUAGCUUCAAAUUGCGACAUAUUCAAUUGCAAUGAUGCUAAAAAGCCUCAACAUUUUCGAAGCCUAUGAGUGUCGUUAAUUAUCGGUGGCUAAAUGUUCGCUGCUCCUUUAAGUAGUCGAUAAUUUUUUUUUUCGAUGCUUAUAAACGACAAAAAAUCCCAAAAAUAUUGUCGAACAUGUGGAAAUUCUAGUUGUUGCAUCUAAAAACAUCCUUUAGCGACAGACUUAUGGUUGCAUUAGAUGCAACUUAAAAU